AUGGAAACCACUGGGGGCAGGGAAAGGUUGGUUGGUGUUGCAGCAAGAGUUUUUCUGAAGGAGAACAUUUGCAGACGUUUUUCAGCUUUCCUUGGAGCACUGGAGUUCUACCAGCUUCCUGUUAUGGGAGGAGCCUUUAUGGACUCGCCCAACGAGGACUUUAGUACAGAGUACUCCUUGUUUAACUCGUCAGCCAACGUCCAUGCAGCUUCCUCCAUGCAGAAUCCACCAGAAGAGACAUCCCGUUCUUCAAAUGAUGCCAUAUUGUUAUGGAUUGCAAUAAUAGCAACAAUUGGAAAUAUUGUGGUUGUGGGGGUGGUGUAUGCCUUCACCUUCUAG